AUGAAUCUGAAAUCUAGAACCGAUGAAGAGCUGGGUGAUUUAAUAUAUUAUCUCUCACAGUAUGAAUUCAAAAUAAAAUAUAAUCCAGGAAAAGAAAAUUUGGAAGCAGACUGUCUAAGCAGAAAUCCAGUAUUAGAAUCAAAUGACAACACAGAUGAACAAUUAAAAAUUGUGAACUUAAUUAAACUGGAAGAUAUUGUUAAAGAUCAAAAUAAAAAUGAAGAAAUACAAAAUAACAAAAACAAAUUGAUUGAAAAACAGAGUAUAUUCUACAAAAAGAUAAGGAAAAAAGAAAAAAUAAUCUUAUCAGAAGAGUUAAGUAUAAAACUCUUAAAAAAUAUACAUGAAAACCUAUGCCAUAUUGGAAUCGGACAAAUGCAAAAGACUGUUAGUCCGCUAUACACAGCCAAAAAUUUGAUAAAAAACAUCAAAAAAAUUUGUACAAGCUGUGAAAUUUGUAUUAAAAAUAAAUCAAGAGGACAUGACCGAUUUGGCUUGAUGUCUCAUCUAGGUCCAGCUACAAAGCCUUUCGAAAUAGUCUCUAUAGAUACAAUUGGAGGUUUUGGAGGUUCAAGAUCGACAAAAAAAUAUUUACAUCUGUUAGUAGACCAUUUUACAAGAUAUGCAUUUAUUUCAACCUCAAAAACUCAGAGUGCAAAUGAUUUUAUAAAACUAAUUACAAACAUAAUAGAAAUGGAGGACAUUGGUAUAAUUCUCACCGACCAAUACCCGGGAAUCAAUUCAAAAGAUUUUAAGAAAUUCUUAAAUGACAAACGGAUACCUUUGGUCUUCACAGCAGUAAAUGCACCAUUCUCAAAUGGCCUCAAUGAGAGAUUGAAUCAAACAUUAGUGAACAAAAUCAGAUGUAAAAUAAAUGGAGAAGGAAAAAAAAGAGCCUGGACAACAAUAGCUCAAGAAUGUGUAAAUAAAUAUAAUGAUACUAUUCACUCAGUCACUGGCUUUACACCGAGUUAUCUUUUGUAUGGUAAGGAUGUUACAAUUUUACCAAAUGAAUUAAAACAAGAAAUAUCAAAUAAGGACUGGAUCAGAGACAGAAAAUCUGCACUUGAAAAUACUAUGAAAUCACAUAACUACAACAAAACACUAUUCGACAAAAAUCGAAAAUACUAUGAAUUUAAUGUAGGAGACAUGGUGUAUGUGGAAAAUGGAAACAAAAUAAACAGAAAAAAAUUAGAUGAACUGAGAAUUGGACCGUAUGAGAUAGUUGAAAAAAUUUCAAACUCAAUAUACAGAAUUGAAACUGGUCACAAAAAAACUGAAUCAAAUCUUUUCCACAUCACAAAAAUUAUUCCAGUCCGUUCAUUUGACGAAGAAGAAACAGAAGAUGAGAACGUUACGUGA